AGUGUUGGGAUGUGAAUGAUCACAGCUCUAUGUUUCCCAGCGCGAGGCGGCCGGAAGUUGCGCUAAGGAGGCGGGCCUAAGCGAGGGAGGGACAGUCUAGAGACCCAUAGGACUCAACUGGGAGUGAGAUGCACGCUCAGGUUUCUCCCUUGAACGGACUUAAAGGGACAGCGUCUCUCUUCUGUUUUGCCUCUCCCUUAGAGAUGCAGGCACCCACUGCGAGGAUGUGGCUGCCUCUCCAAGGCAAACUUUAAAAGGUAUCAUGUGAAAAGGGAGGGAGAAAGGCAUGUUGGGUCGCUGAGCAGAGGAGGAGGAGGAGGAACAGAGGCCUUGCUUUAUUUGGAACCACUUCCCAGAUAAUUCAGACAUAAUUUGGCAUGGACACUUUUGCCAGCCACAGCUGCCAUCUCCUUCAGCAACUCCAUGAUCAACGAAUUCAAGGACUCCUCUGUGAUUGCAUGCUGGUGGUCAAAAAUGUUUGUUUCAAAGCACAUAAAAAUGUCUUAGCUGCUUUUAGCCAGUAUUUCAGGACCCUGUUUCAAAAUUCUUCAGGCCAGAAGAAUGAUGUCUUCCACUUGGAUAUUAUAAAUGUUGGUGGCAUAGGCCAGAUCUUGGAUUAUAUGUACACCUCUCAUCUUGACCUCAACCAGGACAAUGUACAAACGUUGCUGGAUAUUGCCCAGUGCUUGCAAGUGCAGAAUGUUUUGAACAUGUGUCGCUCAUUUAUGCAAUCCUCCACAGCUGCAGAACAGCCAGCUGCUAUACCUUGUAACAAUGCCUUUUCGUUGCAAAAUACUGUGGCUCCAAAUAUGAAUUGCGUGAGCGAUAGCACUAAUUUACUGCAUGCAUGUUCAUCAGGUGAGCAACCUUGUAAAGUCUUGGAUGAUCAUAGUCUACAUAAUUCACAAGCCAUCUCAUCUGAUAAUAUCAAUAACAAGAAGCAGGAUUCCAGAGAUGCUGAUUGCGCAGGUCUUUCAUUGAAACAGUCUACUUGCCAUUACAAACUUCGCAACUUUUAUAGCAAACAGUUCCACAAGCAAAAUAUUUCUCCUGACAGAAAGAUAUUACCAGAACUACCCUCUAAUUGCAGUGCCUCUUCAGAUCAAAACUCGACUAAGAAUGAUUCAUAUACCAUCAAUCAAUCUGAAUGUGUUUUGGAACCAUCUGAUCACUUACCACCAGUCUUUCUGGCUCAGCCUUUAAAUGAGCAUCCCAAGGAUCAAGAUUUAGAUGGCACCACACAGAUGAGGCUCAAGAAAGCAGUUCACCUUGAAAAACUAAAUUUCCUACGGUCUCAGAAGUCUGCAGAAGAAUGUGCUGCACAUAAAACUGCAAGUGAAGACCCAGCAAGGGAAACGCAGCCAGAAAGGCAAAGUAGCAUGGAAACAACAAACAUUGAAGCUACUGAACAAACUGAAGUCAGCUCAGAUUGUAUGGAACAAAGUGCUGAGGUUGUAUCAUCGGAGGAGGCUUCUGAGCCAGGUAGCCAGUUACAGAUCUUCCUUUCAGAGAGACAGUAUCCAUGUUCACUUUGUGGAAAAGCUUUUAAACAUCCAAGCAAUCUGGAACUCCACAUAAGGUCUCACACAGGUGAGAAGCCAUUUGAAUGUAACAUUUGUGGGAAGUGUUUUUCACAGGCAGGAAAUCUCCAGACUCACUUGCGUCGACAUUCAGGUGAAAAACCAUAUAUUUGUGAAAUCUGUGGCAAAAGAUUUGCUGCAUCUGGUGAUGUCCAGCGUCACAUUAUUAUUCACACUGGAGAAAAACCACAUCUGUGUGAUAUUUGUGGUCGAGGUUUUAGUAACUUCAGUAAUUUAAAGGAACAUAAGAAGAACCAUACAGUAGAAAAAGUUUUCACUUGUGAUGAGUGUGGAAAAUCAUUUAACUUGCCUCGAAAGUUAGUAAAGCACAGAAUUAGACACACUGGAGACAGACCAUAUAGUUGCUCAGCUUGUGGAAAAUGUUUUGCAGGAUCUGGUGACUUACGAAGACACAUCCGAACACAUACCGGGGAAAAGCCAUAUAACUGUGAGACCUGUAAUAAAUGCUUCAGUCGUUCAGCUGUCUUACGUCGACACAAAAAAGUCCAUUGUAAAGAUGAUAAUGAAAGUUCAAAUGCUCUAGAUGACCUUUCUCAAACAAUGGAAAUCUCAGACCCUGAGAAGUCGCAGAACUCAGACUCUUUUACACAAGAACUUUCAGUAACUUUGCUGCCAGCAUCCGUGAAGUUUCCUGUCCAACCAAAUGAAAAUUCACCUAGUGAAUUGGACAGUUUCUGCAAGAUGCAGUCCUUAGUACAACACAAUGAUUGUACAAAUCAACAGAAAAUGAAUUUGGAUCCUGUGAAAUACUGCAAAUCUCAGCAAAGACCUAAUCGGACAUGCUCUUAUAAGGAAACAAACCCAUUAACUGAGGAUGAACCUUUGCUCCAUUCCUCUGUGAGUGGCAAUUGUAGUGGUGAACUGAAUAACCGUAUGUCUCCUAUUGAAUGUAGAAAUAACGAGGGCCCAUUCUUCUCCAGUGUCACCCUCUGGGGUUUAGCCAUGAAGACUUUACAGAACGAGAAUGAAUUGGGUCAAUGAGAAGUAGUGCUAAUGCUGUGUCAGUUUUGUACUUGACAAGAGAUAUUCCUACAUGGCUAUUACUAUUACCUUUUAUAAUGAUUACGAUUAAAUAUUUAUAUAUUGUAAUACUUUA